CGGGGGUCCACCAGGGGCCGGAGCGUGUCCUGCAGGAAUGACAGGGGCCACAAUUGUUCGUGCAGGACGCGUUGCUUUAUUUUGAAUGAAAUGUAAAUGUCAUGCUCCGGCGGCGUGUGCGCAGACUGCGGAGCCCAUAUAAACAUCUGGGGGGAGCGCAUGCACAGCCACAUGCGUCCUGGUCGGUCCUCAGCUGAAAUGCAGCCACUUGCAGCCAAACUACCGCUUGUGCACAGAACACCUUUUUCUGUGGAGGAUAUUUUGGACCCCACGAAAUUUACAAGGAAAAUAUUCUGUUGUGAAGACGCAGCAGCUACAGGAGCCUCCACAAAAAGGGAUGGACCCAGAGAGAAGCAGCACCCCCCGGCAGGUGAAAGCUGCAGCCCGGAGGAGGAGGCUCUGAGUCCGGAGAAGCUCGACGAGUCAAAGGCAAAAAAGAGCCGACGCAUCCGCACCGCGUUCAGCCUGGAGCAGCUGCAGGUCCUGGAGCGCAGCUUCCGCCGGUGCCACUACCUGUCGGUGCUGGAGCGACACACCAUCGCCACGGCCCUCCGCCUCUCAGAGACCCAGGUGAAGAUCUGGUUUCAGAACAGACGCACCAAGUGGAAGAAGGAGCGUGUGCAGGGCAGCGAGCCGGAGGAGGAGCGCGGCUUCGCGGCGUCCUUCACCUCCCACCCCGCUCUCUGCUCCUGUCCGAGCUGCAGGCCGCUGCUCUGCCGCCACCUGCAGCUCCCCGCGCCGCUGCCGCUGCUGCCGCUGCCCCACCACCUCUACUACAUGUAGGCCUGCACUGAGGGACUGAGCUCCGCUCAAAGUGGCACUGUAGAGCUGCUCUAGUGUUCAGGACUGAGAUUAAUGUCAAUACUUACAAAUGUUUAUUAUUUUCUACUGUAAUUAUACUAUAACUUAUUUUGAUAAACGCUUUUAUAUUGA